AUGAUGCCGAAAUCCGCCUCUGCGACCCAGAGUGCCUUCGCCUUCUUCGGUUCCUCCUCCAAGUCUCGACCCGGCACCUCAUCCGGCGAGUCAGUGCAACAGCAACAACCCCCGACGAACGGUUUCCUCCUCCAACAACCCAAUGUCCUCACGAAGGACCGCAAGAAUUCCUUUGCGCGCAAGACCUCUUUCUCCAGCCCCACAAAGUCUAAAAAGCGAUCCGGCUCCUCGAGUAGCGCCGGUGCGAGAAGCCUCGGCAGCGCAAGUUUCGUGACGGAUAGUACGGCGCCACCUGCCUUACCGGAUUUCGCGCUCGCGGCUGCGGCCAAGUUGAGCAGAGAGUCGGAAGCCGUCGCCAUGACGCCCGUUACGGGGGAUAGCUUCUCGAGGAUACUGGGGAGGACGGCGCCGACGGCGACGAGUUUUCAUACGGGGGGCUUGACUCCCGUGCAGCCGCUUGGCCAAAUGUGGCAGGGCGAGGGCGCCGUUAUGCAUAGGAAUAUGAGGGAGAUUGCGAGGAAGAGGAUGUAUACAUUGGACUACCUAAGGAAGGCGCACGAGGGCCAAGUCUUCUGGUUCAACACGUACAUGUUCGACCGGCCAAACCAAAGCCGCAUGUCCGCCGUAAUGGCCCAAAAACUCGCCCGACGAGCAACAAACUACCUCCUACUAGGCCUCUCCCUCCCAAACGUCAUCGACCUCAACUCCUCCACACCCCUCGAAUUCCUCCGCAGCUUCAACGCCCUGUUAUCCGAGUUCGACUCCUUCCAACAACUCCAUGGCGAGGGCGGCAGCACCGGCUCCCUAUCCCGCGCCCGCCUCCCCCAAAUGUUCCGUCGCGGCACGGCCAGCAAAGGCCGGCGGAGUAGCGCCGCCGCCGAGGCUUCUCUCUACCCACCCGACACGGACGGCGGCGUGAACGCCGCGGCGGCGCCCUCGAGCGUUAUCAACUUUGCAGGCUCCGAGGCCGAGCUCCUACCCGGCGAGACGUACACCUACCUGCUCACACCCGCGUUGCCUUUCGAUCCCGACUUUUAUGAGACGUUCGCGACGCUCUGUGAUGCGCUUAUCGAUUGUUAUAAGAGGCUGUUGAUCCUCAUCCCGACCCCGAGGGAGUUUUCGGCGCCGGUGGCCGAGCAGUUCGCGAAGGCUGAUACAAAGGUGCGCAAGUUGAUCAUCCAGGGAGCCGUGAAGGAGUUUGAGGAGAAUAGCAAGGCGCACGUCAAGAUGGAGUUGGCAAAUAUUUCAAAGGUUGUCUUGGGCGGGCUAAUGUAA